AUGCGUAAUACUCUAUUUUCCUUGCUUCUGCACGAGCGUGGCGGUCCUGUCCGGCCGUGGACCGAAGGCACGACUUGGCCUGUUGUGACGCUCAGCAGCUCCUGGUUGGAAACGAGAAGGUUGAAGAGUGUCUCGCGCUUUGAGGCUGUUGGAAGGGCUGCUGUUUCCUUGGAGGGAAGUGAAAGGGAGGUAUCUGCCCGCCAUGGUGCUGGAUAUGAGGCAUUCCGCCAGGCAGCCUGUGGAAAAGAGGAGGACGGCAAGAAGAGAUGUGAGCCGAGGCAAGAGUUCUGCGCCCCCGUCAGGACGCCGCUGCCCAUCAGGCUGGUGGAGGCGAAGAAGGUGGGUAUCGCAAGCACUUCACAAACAUGCUUUCUUAGGAAGGUCAGGUUGGAGCUUGAAUUACCCCACACCAGGCAAGCCGCCUUUUUUUGGGGUGGCAGAGUUGGCAAAAGAUUCUUUCAGUGCCUGGCCCGAAGCCCCUUCCAGGGGUUGCUCUUUCUUGAGCUGCUGGUGGCCAGCAUCCCCUUCAUGGGGGGGCCUGAGCCGAGUGCCAGAUUAGACUCGUGGCGGGCCAGCCUCUUUAUGAGGUGGGGCCCACUUUGGAGAUUUCCAGGCACGCCAGGCCAGCUUCCCCUUCAUGGGGAGGCCGGAGCCGAGUGCCAGAUUAGACUCGUGGCAGGCCAGCCUCUUUAUGAGGUGGAGCCCAUGCUGAGGCGUUUUCCAGUCCCAUCACACCAGAUACCCCUUUAUCGAGAGGACUGA